AUGGUGAUCCACAUAGGCGGCGUCCACAACUUCAGCACCGCGGAGAGCGCCCCCCCGGACGCCAGCCUGCGCGGCCCCGGGGGUCUGGAGGGUCUGGAGGGUCUGGAGGGUCUGGAGGGUCUGGAGGGUCUGGAGGGUCCGGAGGCUCCGGGCGGCUUGAGCCGCGGCGGCCACACGGCGGUGGCGGUGUGCCUGGGCUUCAUCCUGGUGGCGGGCAUCGUCAACAACUCCCUCUCGCUGCUGGUGUUCGCCCGGUUCCGGUGCUUGUGGACGCCCAUCAACGUGGUGCUGCUCAACAUCAGCCUGAGCGACGCGCUGGUGUGCGUCUUCGGAACCCCGCUGAGCUUCGCCGCCAGCCUGCACGGACGCUGGCUGAUCGGGGAGUCGGGCUGCAGGUGGUACGGCUUUGCCAACUCUUUCUUCGGGAUCGUGUCGCUGGUGUCCUUGUCCGUUCUGUCGUACGAGCGCUACGUCACCGUGCUGCGCUCCUCCCAGGUGGACAUGUCGGACUUCAGGAAGGCCUGGUUGUGUGUCGGGGGUUGCUGGCUCUACGCCCUCCUCUGGACGCUGCCUCCGCUGCUGGGCUGGAGCAGCUACGGGCCCGAGGGUCCCGGCACCACCUGCUCGGUGCAGUGGCACCUGCGCUCGCUCAGCAGCGUGUCCUACGUGGUGUGUCUCUUCCUCUUCUGCCUGCUGCUGCCCCUCCUGCUCAUGCUCUACUCCUACGCACGCAUCGUCAUCACCGUCAGGCGGAUGGGUAAGAUGAAGCGGGUGACAUCCCAGCGCAGAGAGCAUGCUCUCCUGAGGAUGAUGGUGACCUUGGUGUCCUGCUACCUGCUGUGCUGGAUGCCUUACGGCGUCAUGGCCCUCCUCGCCACCUUCGGGGGCGCCAGGCUGGUCACGCCAUCCACCAGCGUGGUGCCCUCCGUCCUGGCCAAGUUCAGCACCGUCAUCAACCCCGUCAUCUACGUCUUCUUCAACAACCAGUUUUCCAGAUGUCUGAUGGCGUUGGUGCGCUGCAGAGCUGAGCCGGUCCAGGAAGUGCGAGCGACCCCGAGGUCACAAAGGUUAUCUGCUCUGGCGCACGCCUCUACCGGCGGCCGCCAUGGCCUGGUUGUUCACUACACGCCACAUGCGUGCUCUGCAAACAUCACCCAACAGUUUGGUGCUGAUGGUCAUGUGACCACACUCAGACUGAAGCCGGACGACCACAGCGCAGUCAUCGUGACGUUCACCACCAUGUGGCCUCAUUACUCUCUUGUGCACUCGGAAUGUCAACACUCGGCUCGACUUCUUCUAGUCAGAGUUCUACAGAACAGGAACUAA